AUGACAGGCUCAAAGAAUGGAUCCCGGAUCAACUUGGUGCGCAUUGCACACGUCUUCUAUGCCCAUAAGGAUAUCAAUAAAGCCCAUGACUUCCUGCUAGACUUCGGCUUUCAGGAGGUGAAACGUGUGGGGAAGGACGUAUAUUAUCGCGGCACUGGUUCCGAGCCCUUCGUGUACUGCGCACGACAGGGUGAUGAAGACGCGUUCCAGGGUGCAGCUUUCGUUGUGGAAUCCGAAGAUGAUCUCCUUGCUGCGGAGAAACUGCCUGGCGCGACUCAAAUCUACGACUUGAGUGAUGCCCCCGGCGGUGGUCGCUGCGUCACUUUCCACGACCCUGUCGAUGAUUUCCCCUUCCACCUUGUUUAUGGGCAACAGCCACACAACGAUGAGAAAGCGCUGCCUCAGCUCAAUUUCAAUUUCCCGACGGAAAAACAUCGGUCGGGUAACAAGACACAGCGAUUUUCGAAGGGCCCUGCCCCCGUGCAUAAGUUGGGUCAUUUUGGAAUGUGCGUCACCGAUUUUGCCAAAGCCUUUGAUUUCUACACCACCAACUUCAACUUUAAGCCAAGCGAUCUGGUUCAUGAUCCUACUGGCAAGGAUAUUACCACCUUCCUCCACCUCGACCGUGGCUCUGAAUUAGUCGACCACCACUGCUUCUUUUUCUUCGAGGGCCCCAAACCGCACGUACAUCACUCGUCAUUUGAGACCCACGAUUUCGAUACCCAGGUGCUGGGUCAUGACUGGCUCCGCAGCAAGGGCUAUGAAAACUGCUGGGGUGUCGGACGUCAUAUCAUGGGCAGUCAGAUCUUUGAUUAUUGGUUUGAUCCCUCUCGCUUCAUCAUCGAACAUUACGUUGAUGGAGAUUUGGUCAAUGAUCAAUAUCCCAUCCAUCGAUCACUUGCCUCGCCUGACAACUUGCACGUUUGGGGUCCGGAUCUUCCCCCUACAUUCUUGCAGUAA